AUAUAAUGGUCUUGGCUUUCGAAUUGCGAAUCGACUCACGGAACCUGAUAAGCAUCGAGGGUGACACAACUCUGUUUUCUAUUCGGUCAAUAGUUCUUGAAAUGGUUCAACAACUAUUUUGUACUCUCUAGUAACACUUUUAAAUUCAUUUUUGGGUUGUAAAAUCAUUCAGUCGAAGUCAACAUUAUCCCAAAACAUCUCUUUACAGGAAACAUUUCAACUUGGGGGAAAUCCUACUCACGCUAUCGAACACCCUGUCUUUAAAACAUAACAACAUAAAAUACACUAGCCAAACAUGCUUCUCAGGAGAGGGUGCUACAAUCUAAAGAACACUUUCGGCCUUUGGCCAGAUGUUGGGGGCAGUGGCUUGUUUGUGUCUCUUUCCACCAGAAAUCUGCAUAUACGUCAAACAGGAAAAGAUUGUUCACCAAAUUCUAACACAGUUGUUCAAUAUUCUUUCAAGGUGUUCGCCUCCAACUCGUCCAAAUAUCCAUUUUUGACUUUAACAUCACCCAUGCCUUCAAAGCAACUAAAGACUGACAUUAAGUUCAAAUGUAAAUGUGACGCGUUACAAACAUUGAUUGAACUUCCCUUCAUAGAUCCGGAUUUGUUGGACAAAAAAGAGCUGAUCGAAGCCUGGUUGGCCUUUAUUCCAGAAUUUUCUCUGUCAGAUUUGAAACUAAGUGUCCAUUCGCUAUUUCGGGCCUUCAAUGAAACUGACGGGAAUCCGAAUUUUCAAUUCCUUGAUCAAGUUGUGGUCACUUUGGACACAGCUUGUUCUGAACAUCUCUUGGGUCGGUCAUCUAUAAGUGAUAUCGAUGUGCUGCAUCAUUUUAGCUUAGCCAAUGCAUGGCUUCGAAUUGGUAUGGAUGAUCCUUUGAGGGUUUCCCACUAUCUUACAUGUUUUGUGUCCCAUUUCUCGACAAGUCCGUUGGUGGAAAGGUUAGAAUCAAGCCAAUUCGUGUUCCUGGUCUUCAUCAUGAGCACCAGAAGAUAUUGUCCUAAUGAAGUGAGGACUUUGUCGGAGCCAUUCGGUCUCAAGCUAGCCCAAGUCCUUCCGAAUCUUACCUUUCAAGAGGCUUCGUUAUUGGCCCAUGGUCUCCAUAUGAUGAAAAUCCGGAUUUCAACCCCAGAUUCCUCCAUCCGGACAGCUUUACUCAAGAGGUUAUAUGAAUGUGAUGUGAGCGAUCUCUUGAAGAACAACGAUGAACUCGGCAUAUCUUUUGUAUCAAGAGCGUUGCUACAACGAGGCAAAACCGAAACCCAUGCCAUUACUAAGAUUCAGAAACAUUUUCUCCCUUAUCUUGACAGGCUUAAUUCUAUGUUAAAAGUUCGGCUUUUGGCCUUGGUGGCCGAAUCUCCGGUGAAAACUGGACCACGGUUUAUUCGAGUGCUCAGUAAUUCCAUGACAGACCAAUUGUCCUCUUUACGAAUUAAAGAUUACCUGCAACUAGUUCAAGCACUGCACAACUCGAAUUGUCACAAUCAUCAGGCUCUUUGCGAAAGGAUCAUGACGUUGAUCACGGAUGAAAAGCGCUCUCACAUCAAAUCCGGGAAGAUCUUUGUCCAACUGAUCGGAUAUCUCGCCAAGGAGCGUGUGUUCAAUGAUGCAUUUCUCGAAGAGAUCUUUGGCACAAUCAAUCGGUGGGGGAAGGAGUUGGUGGAUUGCAAAGAUCCAUUGACACUCGCCCAAGUGAUAACCGAGUUCACCUUUGAACUCACACGAACCAUGGCCAACGACGACGUGAGGCAGAAAAUACGGGAUUUUGAAUCCCGACAAACCCAAUCCGUGAUCGUCAACAUUUUGCCUCAUAUUGCUACAUUAGAUGUGAAUCUGCGACUAGAUCAUCCGCAGUAUUCCGGUGUUCGAUUAGCGCCACACUUGAGGGCCAACUUCUUGGCCAGAACGGUCAUGGAGAGUGAUGCCUCUUGGGCUGAGAAGGUCAGAAAAGACAUUCUCAAAGACCUUCGAUCUCGAUUGGGUGGCAAUUUGCAUUAUGACUAUCUUCUCCCACAUGCCACAUCCCGAGACUUUGCUUUUGUUGUUCAUCAUGCGCCCCAAUCCAAAUUGCUUUUGGAAUCUUUGGUUCCAUUUCCUUAUGAGAACUAUUGGAAUAACCUGAUGUUGACCAAUAUCCCGAGUGUCACGAAAGUUUUGGGAAGGACAGAUGUUCAAGCAGUGGCUCUGAUUGUACCCAAACGAAGUGAAUUCGACAUCAAGCAUGGCAUGGUUGGUAAAUUGCUCCACAAAAUCCGUCAAUUGAAACAGUUGGGCUUUCACGUUGGAUUGAUAUCUCCCGUUUUGUAUGGAAGGGCAAAAGGAAAUGGGGACUCCGACCGGUUUCUUCAAAAGUGCAUACGAGAUGCGAUGCGAUUCUAGUAAAUCAAUGAAGAACCUGUUCAACUUUAACCUUUUUUCAUUUAAUAAAGUUUAUCCUUUGCGACGCA